UCAAACUGUAUUUUCGGCCAUACGGCAUGGCCUAGCGAGGGUCUAUCGUCCAUGGCCGCACCGAAGGAGCUCAUCGCCGGCGGCCUGUCUGACGGCUCGUCCAUAGCAGAUGCACGGCAUGUUGUUGGCCCGGCGGACAGGAGUACUAGACGUUCACGGUAGCCGUGUGCCAAGGCGUCGUCGCGGACCAACUCCCGAACGGCGGUCACCGCACGCCAAGACGGCAGCGUACGUACUGCUCCUUGGCACUACACUCGCUCGCGCCUGAGCUCGUUGUCGUCGCGGCGAGACGGGCUGAUUGUCAAUGGCGGCCGCAAGCCACGAUUGCUGGUUGGUCGAAGUCCACGGUCAUGAUGCCCGCACGCCAAGACGUCAUGUGUUUUGUUGGCCUGACUGCUCGUACCAACUCUUUAUCAACAGCAGCGCACACAGGCAUCAAACUGCUUCAUGUAGCGUGGUUAACUGAUCGAUUGAUUUGGUUGGACAAGACGACAACACCUCUGCCUCUGCCUGCUGCAGCCGGAAGCUGAAGCAAGUCCAACCAGCGCCGAUCAUCCACAGCUCAGGGCCAUGCAGGCAGGAGGAGGAGCGGCGGCGGUGGUGGUGGUGGACGGCGGCAAGGACGGGCAUGCGACGCCGAGGACGUUCCCGGCGAAGCUACUCAGGCCGGUGCUCCUCUCGGCGGUGCUCGCCACGGGCUUCCUCGCCGCGGCCCUGCUCAUGUUCCCCGGCGGCGCCUCCUCCUACUACCGCCUCCCGAGACUGGCCGCGCCGGACGCGCUGCGCCCAACGCCGGCGCGCCACCAGCAGCGCGGGGAGGAGGAGCUGGAGAGCCAGGAAAGCGGGGCGGCGGAGCGGUGGUGGGCGCGGCCUCCGGCGAGGAGCGCGUGGCACAACAUGAGCGAGGAGGAGCUGUUGUGGGCGGCGUCCUUCGAGCCCCGCGCGCAACACCGCCGGUGGCCUCCCGGCAUGCCGCACCGGACGCCCAAGGUGGCCUUCAUGUUCCUCACCCGCGGCCCGCUGCCGCUGGCGCCGCUGUGGGAGCGCUUCUUCAACGGCACCGGCGCGGAAGGCGGCAGGGAGCGGCUCUUCUCCGUGUACGUGCACACCACGCCGGGGUUCCGCCUCGACUUCCCGCCGUCGUCGCCGUUCCACCGCCGGCAGGUGCCCAGCAAGGCGACGCGGUGGGGCGAUGCAAACAUGGUGGACGCGGAGCGGCGACUGCUGGCGAACGCGCUGCUCGACUUCAACAAUGAGCGCUUCGUCCUCGUCUCUGAAUCCUGCAUCCCGCUCUACCCGCUCCCGGUGGUUCAUGCCUACUUGACCCGGUCCCGACACAGCUUCGUCGGCGCCUUCGAUGAGCCGAGCCAGCACGGCCGAGGGCGGUAUCGUGUUGGGCUGGCCCCGGACGUGACUCUCGCCCAGUGGCGCAAGGGCGCGCAAUGGUUCGAGAUGGACCGGCACCUAGCCGUGUACGUGAUCGCCGACGACCGGUACUACCCGCGGUUUCGGAACGAGUGUCGGGCGCCGUGCUAUGUGGACGAGCACUACCUCCCAACCGUGCUCUCCAUUGUGGCGCCAAAGCAGAUCGCCAAUCGGACCAUCACCUUGGUCGAUUGGUCGCGCGGCGGCGCGCACCCGGCCACCUUUGGCACCCCCGAUGUGACAGAGGACUUUCUGGGGAGGCUGGUGGGGAAGAAGGGGAGUCCUGAGAGGUGCAUGUACAACGGGCAGUCAAUCGAGGUGUGCUUCCUCUUUGCAAGGAAGUUCGCCCCUGUUGCGCUGCCACAACUGCUCAGCCUUUCCUCCGAGAUCCUUGGAUACUAGCUAUGACUUUUACUUAACUGAUUCUGGUUGCUUAUGUACAGCUCAUACUCACUAGACAGGAAUAGAGGAAUACAAUUUUUUUCCAUGUGUCACAAGAACAAAAGGAUGAAUGGUUGAGUGGGUAGUUUUUUCGUAACCA